AUGUCCGUUGGAGGUUUAGGUUUACACAACUUAUUGCUCUUCUCUCGCAUCCUACACGUUCGAAUACGAAUGAAUUCUUCUCGUAACUAUUCCGAAUCUUACAAAAAUCUUCCUCUUCCUUACCUCAACGCUAAGCUCAAAUUAGCAAUCUUGGAUCACAUUGAUAAAUUUCUCCACUUAGCACACAUGUCAAAUCAACUAAUCAAAGGAACCGUAAGGAUUGAUCUUGAUGGACUGAACACGCCAAUUACAUUGACGUUCGGUGAUACUUUCAUGUCGGAGGUGGCGGCUCAAUUAGGUACAAUAUCCACUUAUGACCAAUUGCUGAAUGAGGAGCAUAGUGCGCAUUCUCAAUCGACUUCGACCACUUCGAUGAAUGAGCUUCCUCUGGAUCUCUCAAUGAAAGCAUCUGCUCUUCAGUCCCAAAAAGAAACUCCGGUGAAGACCGACAGUGAUCCUGUUCAUGAGUUCCCGAGUUCAAAGUCACUUUUCGAUCGCAUUUCCGCGUUGCUACAACCAUUUCCAUGUACAUUACCUCUUCCCACUGCGUCCACUUCCAUUCCAGUGGAAUCUCCUUCUACCGCUCCUACUCCAAAGAGGCGACGAGUUGAAGGAACUUCACAUCGAAGGGCACCCAAAGGUCGAGAGUACAGAUGUAAUCAGUGUGACUACAUUUGUGACAAUCUUUCCAAUCUCAAUCGUCACACUCAAGAGACUCAUGGCGGCUACCGCUGUCACUUGUGCAAAACAUCGUUUAGUCAUCGGCCUAAUCUAGAACGCCACGCUCUUGCACAUGUUGGUUUCAAGCCAUAUGAGUGCAUUUUAUGUGGAACAGCCAACUCCCGAUGGGAUCACUUAAAGAGCCAUGUGCAGAGAAUGCAUCCCUCCACUCCUGUUGAGGAGGCUAUUCGCGUCAAAUUGAGGGCCUCUCAAAGUCUCCAUUACCUCCAACAAAUGAAAGAAAGAAGCGACCCCACGAAUACUGCUAAUCUCGUUGAGAAAACCAACAGUGAACCAUGCGAAAUGGGCAAUAUCAAUGCUUCUGGAAGUGGAGAAUUGAAAACCACGGGAAUCACCACCAAUGUCACCGAGUCUCCGUCUACGACUUCCACGGAUUUCAUUUCGGUUGAAUCAACUGCUCCAAUUGUAUAUGAGUGCACUGAUCCCGGAUCAAACCAUUGA